AUGCCAUCCCAAUCCCAAAUUUCGGACAAGGGUUCUAUUAGACACAACGUGCCCAUACUUAGUGUGUCGCUGGAAACCGAGAAUGGCUCCACAGAAUUGAAGCGACAAAACGGCGAUAUAAGCAUGGAAUUUCGAUACAAAAUGACAUAUCACGGUGUCAACAAUAUCAAUUUUACCACUGCCGGCCCCCUUACUUUCUUCAUCGAUGUCUUCCGUGAUGAAUUAAAUUAUCAAUUAGAUCGACGGGUUCAGGGUGGCAGCGAACAGUGGAUUCCCUGCAGAUAUGGUGAUUAUUGUCCCGGUUUUGUGAAUGAUCAACCUUCCAAGAUUCACGUUGCUCAAAGUGAAGACUUUGUAUGUCUACAUCCGAGUGAGAGCUGGGAAGGGUCAUUCACCUUGGAUGAUGAGCUCUGGGAGUUCCCAGAUCAUCUCAGAACUGGUGCGAUCUUCCGAUUUGCGUUCAAGGGCGCAACGAUUGGGUGGUGGGAUUGGGGCACUAAAGAUGGAACCCAUGCUGAUACUAUCGUGACUUUCAGGGGAUAUGGUCAAAGCACGAGGUCGGACUUUACAGAUGAUGAUAAUGGUGGCAGACCUCAAAUCUUUGUUCCCUCUUCCAACGAGAUAGAACUAGUUCUCGCAGACUAA